AUGCCUAAAGGCUCUCUGGACCACCACAUUUACGCACACACAAAGCUGGAUCCGGGUCUACCACAAGAAUAUCCGGUUUUGAAUUGGGAAACGAGGAUGAGCAUUGCAAUGGGUGUAGCUGAAGCUCUGAACUAUCUACACGGGACGCUGAGAGUGAUUCACAGAGACGUCAAGGUUGCAAACGUUUUACUUGACGACAAUUUCGUUCCCAGACAGAUUUUGGAUUGGCGAGUAAGAUGGUUACAGACAGAGUUGGCGGUGAGAAGCAGAGAGAGAUCAGUCCGAUCAAGGGAACACCGGGAUGCGUCGCACCGGAAACAGAGGAGUCGGUUAGGUUUCGUCAAAGUCCGAUGUCUACAGCUAUGGAAUCUUUCUGCUUACGCUUUUCACUAA